GUUGCAAAGUACGGAACUUCAAACACGCUUUUAUAUUUCAUUCAACGUUUCAUAUUAAACGUUUUACUAUUUAUUAUAAUUAUUUCCGUUAUUCAUUAUUUAUAAUACGUUCGAAUCGUAUGAGAUUUCGAAUAGACAAUCGAGAUAUAUCGAUCUUGUCACAUUUGUUUUUAGUUUUAAAAGAAGAAAUAUUUUGAAACAAACUCUUUCACACUUUUUAUUUCUUUUUUUCUAAAUUGGAAAAGAGAGAUAGUGACGUAAGAAGGAAAAGCAUUCCUCUUGUGGGUUGAAAAAGAACAAGAAACCAACUUCGUCAAUUUAAUUUGGACGAGUGUCAUCACGUUUAUUCGUGAGAACAGAUAAGGACUACAAGUAUUUAAGAAAAGGAAUCUAGAAAUGAGAACACCUAUGGAACACCAACUGUCCUGGUUCGCCUUAUUAAUGACUGCAUUCUAUUCUCUUCUCGCAAGUUGUCGAGGUGAGGAGUGCGGACACGAAGAACUUACGAGGUGCGCCAGACCUCUCAAGAAGAUCAGCAACAACAACGAUCUUAGUUUCGUUACGAAGAAGGAGGAUCUUCAAGAGUUAUGCCCAGAUAUCCAGGCUGGCAUGAGGUGCAUCAAAACGUACACCGUCAAGUGCAUGGCGGACGAACAGAGGGAACACUUUAACUCUUUGUACAUGGGGACAAACCAAGCGAUUAUGGAACUUUGCCAAGAUGGUCCUUACCAAGACGAGUAUCUACGACACGCACCGUGCAUGCAAAAUGCCAAGAAAGACUACGAUCUCUGUUACAAGAGAUACGAGAGGACCACUCAAGAAAUCGAGAGAGAAAAUCGUACGUCAGGACCUAACCGUUCUCUUAAAUCGGUUUGUUGUGCCUUCAAGGAAUAUCUAGAGUGUUCGCAUCAUACGGUACGUCGACAGUGUGGUGAUGACACGGCGCGAUUCACAAAGGAAUUCCUCGACAGGAUGUCAAAUUCGCUUUUGAAGAUGCACUGUGCAUCGUUCAGCCAUGAAGAGUGUAUAGGAAUCUAUAGUGGAGCUGGUAGAACGUGGAGUAAUGUCGAGUUGAUCGUGCCACUGGUGUUUGUUUUUCUCGCGAGGUAUUUCACGUAAACGUUGCGAUGGGUUUCAGCCUUGGUGGCCGUCACCUACGAUGCGGAAAAAUGGGCAAUUUCCUUGUCUCUACUGCAAGGCCUUUUUUUUCUCGAUACGAAACAAAAAAGGGCUAUCAUUUCGAAAGAAACGAUAUCAGUUUAGGGGAAGCAAGAUGCUGGAAGGAAGAACAACAACAAUAUCAUUUGUUUUCUUCCCUUUUAUUCUUGUUUUUUUUGGAAAAUCAACAAGAGUA